AUUCAAACAAUGUGGCGGUCUGUCAGGGACAGCUUUAUAAAAGAGUGUGGCAAGAAUGGAACCACCAAAAGGACUGUUUAUAAAUACACGAACCAGCUCCAAUUUUUAAGAAAAUGUGUUAAAAUGCGUAGAACAACAACCAGCACACAAGGACAACAGCACGUCCUACAAGAGGGAGGUCCUCCGCAUAAAGGAUCCCAACCUUCUGAGGCUCGGGGGAGACAAACAGUGUCACAAAGUAUUCUGGCACAACUAGACCAAAGGGGCAAACGUCAUAGAAAUGACCUAAAAUUUUGCACUAACCUCAUCCAUGAUGGACUCCAAAGUUUGAAGGACAUCAUGGAGAACUCCGUCUUGGAGCUUUGCCUUCUACAGGUGGGGGGAGAGUGGUCCGGAGACAUGCAGAAAUCCAAUAGAAAUUUUCUAAUCUCUCUGCUGCCCUCUAUGGACAAAAUGUCAGAAAAUCAAGUCUUAUCAUUUAAAGGGAGAGUACUCACCAUCAUGGCUGAGAUUGUAAACCCUCCCCGGCCCCCAACCUACCAACAAGACCUUUUGCCCCCACCACCACCAUCUUACCCUGACAACAUGCAUUUACAACAUACCACCCACACGAGAUUCCAGCCCCCGACCUACCAACAAGCCUUAUUGCCCCCACCAUCACCACCAUCUUACCCUGACAACAUGCAUUUACAACAUACCACCCGCACGAGAUUCCAGCCUCCGACCUACCAACAAGCCUUAUUGCCCCCACCACCAUCUUACCCUGACAACAUGCAUUUACAACACACCACCCACACGAGAUUCCAGCAGUAUGGCCAAAACUAUUACUCCCAAACCCGAUUUACCCAAAUUGGUUCUGAUAACCAACCGUAUGAAGCCGAAAAACGGCAUGGCAGAUCUGGUCCAGAAUCGGGGUACUACAUUAUGUAG